AUUGUCAAUUAUUACAUCAUUUACCAAGGAUAUUCUUCCAGAAAAACCUUUGAAUCAUCUACAAUUCUGUUAAGUAUGGCAGUCACCGCUCGUAACAACGGCUUCCGCAAGGUUGCCAAGUGGAUUGUUGGUGCCGUUGUUGUGGCAAGUGCUAGCAACGGUAUUGUCAUGGCGGAAAAGGAGACACCCGAAAUACCUGAGAUACCAGAAGAGGAGGAGACCAAGAUGGAAGUAACUGAAGUACCAGAACAGAAGCAGACUAAGACGGAAGUACCAGCAGUACCAGAGGGAGGGGAUCGUGAUGCGGGGGAAAAGUCUAAAGAUGGUUCAGGGGCAACACCGGCUGAGCCAAAGCAACAAAAAUCUUCUUCGAGUGCAGAGAAGGACUGGAAGUCUUCAGGUGAUUUCUCUAAGGCUAAUGUUGAAGAUUGGAUGCAUGAUUCGUUCAUCAAUUCCAAAGGUCCUGUCGGAAUAGGAAAGAACGUUGCAGAAAACGCUGCUUUCAGAAUAGCACAAAGGGAGGGUAAACAGUAUGUACCCCCUACACCAGCUGCCAACCCUAAGCAAGCUGCCGAAGCUACACCAGCUGCUGCACCUGCUCAGUAGGCUGAUAGUGCUUCUGCCGAUAAGCAGUAGAAGGGGUAUGUUGGAUUUGAAUCAAGCAUGUGGAACAUGUCGUACUUGAUGCUUAUAAACUAGUUGACAGUUACCAUAUCAAUAUACAAUAUUUUGGAUCUUGCUUCAAAGUACACUGGGACGGAAACGAGAACAACAUUUUAUUGUAUGUGCAUUUUUAUUGAUAUCACAUAAUAUAAGUGAAUUAUGAUUUUAUUAAUUAUUCAGUACAUAUGUAAA